GCGCUAGUUUCAUUGUGGGCCCUGCAGAGCUAACGCCAUCACACGCAGCGGCCACGACGAGCGGAGCACGGCGACACCAGGGCAGCCAGUCUCACUGUCAAACCACUUCAUCACAACGGCAAUGGAGUAUAGUGCUGCGGGAUAUUAGAGGCGUUUGAACAGGGCCUCUGUUUCGGCAGCGCACGAAGCAAUGUGGAGGAAAUAGAAAAGAAAAGAAAUCCUGAAACGCCGAAAACCAGAGAUUAUAGAUAAUGGGCUGUGUGCAAUGCAAGGAUAAGGAAGUAACCAAACUCACGGACGACCGUGACACCAGCAUCUCCCAGGGAGCGGGCUACCGCUAUGGGGCCGACCCCACGCCGCAGCACUACCCCAGCUUCGGGGUCGCCGCCAUCCCCAACUACAACAACUUCAACGCCCCCGUCGGACAGGGGAUGACCGUCUUCGGGGGGGUCAGCACGUCCUCUCACACCGGAACCCUGAGGACCCGUGGCGGGACAGGAGUCACCCUCUUCGUGGCACUUUACGACUACGAGGCGCGGACGGAGGACGACCUCACCUUCAGGAAAGGAGAGAGGUUCCAGAUUAUCAACAGCACCGAAGGGGACUGGUGGGAUGCUCGCUCGCUCACCACCGGUGGCAGUGGCUACAUUCCCAGUAAUUACGUGGCUCCAGUGGACUCCAUCCAGGCAGAGGACUGGUACUUCGGUAAACUGGGCCGUAAGGACGCGGAGAGGCAGCUGCAGUCCACCGGCAACCCUCGAGGAACCUAUCUCAUCAGGGAGAGUGAAACCACAAAGGGUGCCUUCUCCUUGUCCAUACGGGACUGGGACGAUGUGAAAGGUGACCACGUCAAGCAUUAUAAGAUCCGCAAGCUGGACAGUGGCGGCUACUACAUCACCACGAGGGCUCAGUUUGACACGCUGCAGCAGCUGGUCCAGCACUACUCAGACCGAGCCGCCGGGCUCUGCUGUCGCUUGGUGGUUCCCUGCCACAAAGGGAUGCCACGUCUCGCCGACCUGUCCGUUAAAACCAAAGACGUGUGGGAGAUCCCGCGGGAGUCGCUGCAGCUCAUCAAGCGUCUGGGGAACGGGCAGUUUGGGGAGGUCUGGAUGGAGAGUGCGGAUGGUUUGUGCUUUAAUUUAACGGCCGUGUGUGUGAACUACAUCCCUGACACUGUGGGCUUGAAUCAUGAUGCCUGGGAGAUCAGCAGAGACACACUUGACUUGGAAGUAAAGCUGGGGACGGGAUGUUUUGCUGAUGUGUUUUACGGAACGUGGAACGGCACCACCAAGGUGGCAGUGAAGACUCUGAAGCCGGGCACCAUGUCGCCCGAGUCCUUCCUGGAGGAGGCGCAGAUCAUGAAGAAACUCCGCCACGACAAGCUGGUGCAGCUCUACGCCGUGGUGUCCGAGGAGCCAAUUUACAUAGUCACAGAGUACAUGGGCCAAGGAAGCCUGCUGGAAUUCUUAAAGGACGGAGAAGGACGAGGGUUGAAGCUGCCUAACCUGGUGGACAUAGCAGCGCAGGUGGCGGCGGGCAUGGCCUACAUCGAGAGGAUGAACUACAUCCACAGAGACCUGCGCUCCGCCAACAUCCUGGUGGGGGAGAACCAGGUGUGCAAGAUCGCCGACUUCGGCCUGGCCAGGCUCAUCGAGGACAACGAAUACACGGCUCGGCAAGGCGCAAAGUUCCCCAUCAAGUGGACGGCCCCGGAGGCUGCGCUGUACGGGAAGUUCACCAUCAAGUCUGACGUGUGGUCGUUCGGCAUCUUGCUGACGGAGCUGGUCACCAAGGGUCGGGUGCCUUACCCAGGCAUGAACAACCGCGAGGUGCUGGAGCAGGUGGAGCGGGGCUACAGGAUGCCGUGCCCCCAGGACUGCCCCAUCUCGCUGCACGAGCUGAUGCUGCAGUGCUGGAAGAAGGACGCCGAGGAGCGGCCCACCUUCGAGUACCUGCAAGCCUUCCUGGAGGACUACUUCACGGCCACCGAGCCUCAGUACCAGCCCGGGGACAACCUCUAGACCCCCCGCUGGGCUGGGGGCUGGACUGGCCGAAUCGGCGCUGUUACAAAACUCUGGAGCCUUCCCAGCCGGGCCUUUUUUUAAUUUUAAGGAUCUGUACAGCCUCCUCAAGCUCCAAAAUCCUUAAAACACCCCCCCCCCUCGGUCUCUGACACGCCCUCCAGUGUCUGAACUCAGCGAAUGCCAUAAGUGGGGAGGUUGAGGAGGUGGUGUAUGACAGACGGAGUCAACCGCGAUCGUGAUAAUGCAAUGUAUUCAGUGUAAAUAAGAACGGCUCGUUUCAGUUUGUUUGCUUUAAGAUUUUUAUUUUCUCCUGCACAAAAAUAAUAAUGAUAAAAAUGAUGAAGGCAAACAAAGAGAACCAUUUCAGAAGCAGACACAGUUAACCUGUACGUGUAUUAUACCGUAGCUCCUGUAUUAUUUUCUAGAGAUCGGAUCGGAAGCCUCAUAUAUAUUUUUUUCUAAUUUUCCAUAAUGUGUAAAAAGAAAAGAAAAAAAAAGAUCUACCCCAGAUUAUUGCUUUAUUCUUGACUUUUCGGUAAGUAGUAUUCUUGCAACUUGAGACGAGCAUGACGCUCGACACACCCACAC